UCGGCGGCCCGGUUCGCGCCGAGGCGCCAGCUCAGUCGCUCGCGUGGUGGUUUGCCGUGCUGUCGCUUACCGCGGGAACUGGGUUGGCCAGCUUGCGCGCCGCGUUGCUCGUGCGUUUGCAGCUGCUCGCUGCUCGAGGUUCCAAUGACGACCGCAUCCGGCAGCAGCGCUGCGCGGUUUUCGGCGGGCCCGACCCGCGGUUGGGUGUGACGUCAUCGAGGAAUCACGUGACUCGCGUGAGGAGAGCGUGGCGGCCAUCUUGAGGUUCUCAACCAGGGGUCCAGGAUACUGGUGGUGUUCGGUUCUUUCUUUUUUUUUCUUAAUUUUCUUCUACGUGAUUUUAUGUGCGCGUGUGUGAGUGCGUGAUCGUUCGUUUCUGCGGGUGUAUUGGGAGGCAACAAUGAAACUGACAAUGGAGAGUGAUAAACUUCGGCGUCUGUGGCAGUGUCUUGUGUGCCCUGUGGGAUACCUGCUCUUGUUGGCCGGACUUCCUUCAAGUAUUUCGGCGGUGCCGUGUCCACCCCCGGCCGUGCCCUUAUAUGCCACAGUGAGUUUCACAAGCGGCGAGCUCUCACCGGGCACAGUAGCCACCUACACAUGUGAUCCGGGUUACGAACUGUUUGGCUCAGCAACAAGGUCGUGUUCAGACCAAGGUCGAUGGGUCGGCGGUCUUCCAUACUGUGCGGUGAACGUGGCGUACGGCAAGCCGACGAACCAGUCGAGCACGGUGAGGGGCGGCGACUCGAAGAACGCCAACGACGGCGACCUGACAACGCUACACGAGAACCGCUUCUGCACCGAGACGAAACUGGAGAACGCCCCCUGGUGGCAGGUGGACCUGCUCAGGCCGUACCAGGUCCGCGUGGUGCGCGUUCUCACCAGGGGCUGCUGCGGUCACCAGCCACUGCAUGACCUGGAGAUACGAGUGAGCAACCAGUCGAGCUUGCAGGGAAGCCGCCUGUGUGCCUGGUAUCCGGGCACAUUGGAGGACGGAUCUACCAAGGACUUCGAGUGUGCCUACCCAAUCCUUGGCCGCUACGUGUACAUCCACAUGGUCGGCGGUGAAGGAUCGCUGUCUCUCUGUGAAGUCAUGGUUUUCACAACGCAAGAGUUCUCUCCUGACCGGUGCGGAAACCAGGUGGAACCUCUGGAGUUGACCACGUUCAUCCGCAAAUGUUACGAGUUUCAGGGCAGCCGAGGAGGUUCCUUCCAGGACGCUUCGUCUUACUGCAAGGCACGCGGCGGCCUGCUGGUUCAUAGCGUGGACGACCUGACGCUUCCGUUCAUCUCGGCUGAGCUGGAGCGACGUCGGGAGAAACUCAAGUCCAAGCUGGUCUGGAUGGGCGCGCAGCGACGCACAGGCAUUGGACAAGGAAAGAGAGGCUGGUUCUGGGUCAGCGGUGAUCCUGUGCGAGAGUUCCUCUGGGCUGAGGACCAGCCCAACAAUUACAACGGCCAGCAGAACUGCGUGGUCAUAGAUGGUGGCCGGAAGUGGCGAUGGAAUGACGUAACCUGUGAUCUGGACUACCUUCCUUGGAUCUGCCAGUACAACCCGUCGAAUUGCGGAAGCCCGGACCGAGAAGAAAACUCCACCACGACGGGUCGGGACUACCGGGUGGGACAGGAAGUGGUCUACGAGUGCCCCACCGGAAGCCUGCUGGUCGGAAGUGGCUCCCGGAAGUGCGCCACGUCGGGAUUUUGGACCGGUAGUGCUCCGCUGUGCAAGUACCUGGACUGUGGUGCUCCGGAUCCUGUGGACAACGGCCGUAUCGUGCUGCUGCAUGGGCGGACGACGUACAACGCCACGGUGGAGUACGUAUGCGACACCAACUACACCCUGGUGGGGCAGCCACGACGAAUCUGUGGACCCGAGGGCAGAUGGAACGGAACGAAGCCAUCUUGCCUGCAGAGCUUCUGCACGGAGCUGCUUCCGGUGCCGAGCUCCAGCCUGGACGUGCAGGGGCGCCGGUACGGUGACAGGGCGCACUACAAAUGCGAUAUCGGGCACAAGCUCAUCGGCAACGACACCCGCCACUGCCAGCUCGGAGGGACGUGGAGCGGGGACGAGCCGACCUGCAAAUAUAUCGACUGCGGUGAGCCUCGGCCGCUGGAGGACGGCGACGUGUACCUAGUCAACGGCACCUCGACCUACCUGAGCGUGGCCCGUUACACUUGCGGCGACAACUUCACCAUGAACGGUGUGGACACGAGGACGUGCCUAGAGACAGGUCUCUGGAGUGACGUGGAGCCCACCUGCGAAAUGAUAUCAUGCGGGGAACCGGACAUUCCUCUUGGGGGCUACGUGGUUGAAGAGGAUUUCCAGGUCCACGACACGGUGCACUACAAAUGCCACCCGGGACACAUCAUGGACGGGCCGGAGUCCAGAACGUGCCUGCGGAAUGGACGGUGGUCCGACGUCGCACCAACCUGCACCUUCGUGGACUGCGGUCGCGUGCCACCGAUCCUGAAGGGCGAGGUGUCUUACGAGAAUGGCUCCACCUACCUGGGUUCCCAGAUCGCGCACUCCUGCAGCCAGGGCUUCCGCCUGAACGGAGUGCGCGUGCGCACUUGCGCACUCGACGGCCGCUGGAACGGCACGCCGCCCAAGUGCGAAGAGAUUCGCUGUCCUCCCCCGGAGAUACCGAAGAACGCCACAGUGGUUUACGGUGGCAACGACCGCUCGUCAGCCGAAUCCUUCAAGAUCGGCUCGACGGUGCAGUACCGCUGUGUCACGGGACACAUUGUGCAGGGCGAAUCUCUGAGGACCUGCCAGGCAACCGGCCGCUGGACGGCCGAAGUUCCUCAAUGUGUCUACGUGGAGUGCAGUUUCCCCCUGCCGAUCGGCAAUGGCCAUUGGCUGCUGUCCACCAACUCGACACACUACGGCGCGACGGUGGAAUACGAAUGCGACAAGAACUACCACCUCGACGGAGCGCCUAGGCGGCUGUGCCUCGAGAACGGUACCUGGAGCGGACCCGAACCACUCUGCCUAGAGGUGCGCUGCCCGGAGCCCAAGGCGAGCGACAGCUGGACUGUGAUUAAAUUCUCCAGCAGUCUGGUGGGCUCGUCGGUCGAGUAUUCCUGCGAACCGGGCUACGAAUUGGAGGGGCUCAGCACCAGAGUCUGCCAGAGCAGCGGUCGCUGGAGCGGAUUCGCGCCAAACUGCACCCUGGUGGACUGCGGCAACCCAUCGGUUAUCAGUAACGGUCGCGGACUGAUCUUAAACGGGACCACAACGUUCGGCAGCAUGGUCGAGUACGAGUGCCUUCACGAUUUCAAGCUGAUCGGCGAUGCUGUCAGGACCUGUGAGGAAGACGGUCACUGGAGCGGACGGGAACCACGUUGCACUGAUAUUCCCAUGAUCGGCAAUGAUAUAGAAGGUGCUGACAGCAAUCGUGCGGACUUCACCUACGAUUCCUCGAGGACAGUGGGAAUCGCCAUUGCUGUUGGGGCAGGAGCUUUGCUUGUGAUCGCAAUUGUGGUGGCAAUCGUUUGGAUGCGAACGAAGGCCCAGCGGGUCAAGAACACGGAAAACAUCGACGUAAACCGCGGCCUGGAGAAGGACAACGCCACGGUGAUGUCCUUCUCCCGGUUGGCCCUCGAGGCUGCCGACGCCAACAGCACUGCUCCCUACAGCAACGGUAUCCGGCACAACCCUAACGGCCUGGUCACCUUCGCCGCUGGACCGCAGCCAAUCUACGCCAACGUAACGGUCAACGGACAGAACUUGACAUCGCCAAACGCUGCUACCAGCGUUGCCAGGAUCAACCUCGGUGUUCCACCUUCGCCUCCACACGCGCCGCCCAGGCAUAACAACAACAACAACGUCAGCCAUCACGCUCACCAGGCAUACGGUAACAACAGGGGUCCCGCAGCGGCCACGAACGCCAACGGUCACCACAUGUCUUCAACGCUACAGAGCCACGACGUGUGACCACGUCAUCAUAGUACUCGCCGCUGUUUCGAUGUGAACGCCGAGUCUACGUGGGUGCAUCUGAUCACGCAGGGAGUUCCCUGUGGCGAUUUUGAUGCCUCAUGAGUCAGUGGGACCUGUGAGGAAAACACCUGAGGUUUUCGACGAUGAAGAACCGACAACUCAUGACAUUGUUGCUUCUUGCUGGCGGAGACCGUAAGACUAAAGUGCGCGGGUAACCUCGCAGUUUCGACUGACGUGAUUGCGGUUAUUCAUCCAGCAUACAUCAUAAUGCUGUCUGAUGUGGGAUAUCGGAAUAUGUGAAGUCUAUUUUGCACUCGUGACAUCGUCUCCAUCGAAGAACGGAGAGUUUAAGUGGUCAGGAGUGUCUUCGACUAGUGGAAGUGCUACGAAUACGGUCACGGCCGACAACGUGCUGUAAACGUCCGCUACUGUGCCUUACUGCGGAAGUAUUAGUGCAAGUCCAAAACGGCGUCGUUGCAAAUGUGCAAAGGUCCUUGUGUGGUGUUGGUGCAGACAUUGUGUGAGCCAUGUGAAUGCCUGUUCCGGUAUUGAGUACGUCAGGCACACCGUGUCACCCUUCUCAAACGAAUUGAUGUGGCGGAAGGCAACUGUGUAUGAAAGUUACAUUCUUGUUUUGUGAUUGUUAUGAUACGGAGUGGGAAUGCUCCGCAGCGUCCGCCAACAUUUGAAUCUGCGAAACGCUCUGAAGAAACCGAGAAGUGAUGUUCUCCAUGAUAGUGACGUCAUCCAGCAGUUUAUGGGUAUUUAGCCAACUGCCACUUUUGUAGCCUAUGGCUUUCAAAGAGAAAACUGGGCUAAAACAUUACCAUACGUAGGAAUUUGUGCCGUCGACGUCGCAAAUUGCUUUGUCUGUUUGUACAGUGUCCUGAGAAGUGGUUAUUUCAACUGGCUUCAGCGUUUUAGCUCGAGUAAAACUUACACGUGGUGUCUUUCACAAGCGAGUAGAGGAACGUAGACAAUAGGACAUAAGCGAACGUAUUAUUAGUGCAGAAAAAGGGCAGUUGUGAACAGCCAUGGUUGACCUUGAUGUCAUUAAUAUUUAAAAGAAACAGUAUGCUUUCAAUAGUGGUAAAAUAAAUUUUGUUUCGAACUGCAUGAAAAUCAAGUGGGAACAAAGGUUCACAAAUGUGCGAUUGUUAGUAUGACAUCGGGACGUCUUACUUUUCCAGAGAGGUUGCCAUGGUGCUCCGGUUUACCCUUCCAAGGCGAUAAAGAGCUGCUUAUUUAUUGCUCAAGUGCCUCAAUUUUCCACAUGCUAAAAAAGAAAGAUGCUCGAACAAAGAGCAGUGAAAGAAGUAAUUUUUAUAAUAUUGAUUAUCGCUUAAUUUUCUAUCUUCAAAAAAGGCAAACUCAAAGUCAACUAUCUUUUGAGGAAGCGUUGACUUGUGGCAAUAAUCCAUUUACUGCAUUCACAAGCCAUGUGAGGUGUAGAAAUGAUUUCAUCUUUCAACCGGUAGACCGACAAUAAUAAAAUUGGUAGAAGUUCAAGAAAAUUAAAUGUUAAGGAGCUUUUAAUAGCACUCAUUUUUUAAAGUUAGGAGCACAUGUCUGCAUAAAUUCCUGAAAAUCGGCCCCAAAUAAUAAAUAUUCAGGUUAUAAGUUUGUAAAUCUGCAACUCUUCACCAAAAACAGAUAUUGAAAUUCUGUGAACUCCUGCAAUUAGAGAGCUUAAUGAGGACAAAUAAUGUGUGCACAUUUUUAGCUCUUGCGGUACUGUUAAUGUCUUUACAUCGGUCUUACAAAAGCGGCAUUCGCUAAUCAAUGGUUUGCGGAAAAGCUACCUAAGUCUACCGAUAUUGGUCAUUUUCUUUAUUUUAGUAGGUGUGGUUUAUAAGAGCUAUGUCAUCCUUUUCUAUGUCAGAGUAAACUAGUUGUGAAGGUCAAGUUUUUAAUUUUGAAACUACCUAAUUUUCUGCAAUGUUUAAAAAGAAAUUGCAGGCGUAAUUCAAAAGUAUUUCAAAUAGAUUAAAUUUGAUUAUGCCCUUAAACACAGCAAAUUUUAUUUCAAUCGCAUCAGUGCUCGUCCCGUCAGGGCAUUACUUUCGUUUCACUUGUAUUUGGGCACAAAGGCUCGGAGGGAGGCCUAGUUUUAAUUAAAGUUGGAUUGAAAAUUACACAUUGGAGUCGUACUGUCUUAGACGAUUGCCGGUAAUUCAAUGGGCUUUAUGUGCAAUUUCAGACUUUUUGAAACUAUCUUUUUGCACACAAAGUCCAUGUCGCGAAAUCGAAAAUCACGGGAACUGGUAGCGCCGCUUAGAAAUUACAUUACGCUAACAAAAAACGAACGCUGGACGGGCUGGACGGCUGUUCGUUCUUGGACGUUUUACACAUUGGACGGCCAAUAGUGAAUAACUAUGCUGUAACGACACUGUCGUUUUUCAGGCAGAAUGACAUGUAAUAGCACGAAACUUAAAAAUAGGAAGCUUUAGUUCGGGUCAAUCUCUGAUUAACCUAUUCCUAUGCAUGUGAAACGCAAUAGUGUUGUUUUAAGACACACUUAGUCAAUAUAUGAACCCAAAUUCAAGUCAAACAAGUAUGUUACUGUUGCAAGUUGAAUUUUGAAUUAGGACCUUAUCUUCGUUAAAAUCAGCGAAAGCUCGUGAUCUUCAAGAAGUUGAAACAUUGCACAUAUUGCAAUUUUCUUGAAGUUCACAAAUUCUGUGUCUCCGCACAGAAAACAGGAAUCGCAAUUUUCAUUGAGCUUUUAAUUGUACAGCUCGCGUGUUCUAAAGGAGGCCAGUAUGACAUAUUUACCGUGUAAGUGAAACAAAACCGUAACAUUGAAUCAAUAAUGUAAAAGUGAUAUUAAAAAAUCCACAUGAUUAUGCGGAGUGGUUUAUCGUAUCUGUAAGUUACACCAUAUUUAUAAUAAGAUUGUCAUAUGUAUUUAAAUUGCGAAGUUAGUGUGUUGUAAACUUCAUACUUCCUAUGUAAGUUAUAUUUCUAAGUGAGCUUCUGCAAAAAAAUACCGUCUAUAACUGAAUAUGCUGCGAACAGUUGGUAAAUUUAGCGUGUGCUUUCUAAUUCAACAAAUAUAGCUGAUCAGCACAGAUUUGGUUUGACAAGUCGGUAAGCAUGAUUCUGUGCAAACUGCGAGCGAAAAACAAUCAUGGAAGAAGACCGAACACACGUGAAGCUGUGUCAUGUCCUUGCCCGUCCUUUCAUUCUUGCUGUUACCUACACUGACCCCUCGUUGACAGUGGUUAAGUGGAUGCCGAGCGAAGCUACAGUUCCGUUCCUAGUAGACAAUUUUGUACCCUUAAGUGUGUUUAAUUGUCCCACGCUGAACACCCUUAAUCUCAAAGAGUAAUGUGAAAUAGUUGAUGAUUACGAAUGAAGUUCCCUUUUUUGACAUCUUAUGGCAAGUAAAAAUGAUAAUAGCUGUACAGAGGACAUGGUAUAAAUUCUAAUAGCUAUCACUGCCAAACUUUCAUGUUAGUUAUUUUGGUGUGCACCAUGUGGUCAGAAAUAAUAGAGUUUUCAGCUAGGGUUUCUCUCCUCACAGCUGUACUUUGAUGUUGCUGUUGUAGACAAUGAAAUAAUUUGUAAGGGUGUUCGACAUUAGAUGAACCAGCACGCUAAAUUUUGCAAAAGUAGUUACUGUGUAUUUAUCAAGACAGUAGCUCCAGAACUAAAGUUUCCACUCAAGUUACGUUGCACUAAUGAGCUUAGGUUGGUUAAAGGGCAGUUGUAGUGGCGGACCUAAUUCUUACAUUCAGCCAUAUCUUUGGAGAGUAACCUAUGGCUUAAAACUAUCUAUAUACAAGCGUGAUGAUAUUGUUUCUACUGUAUAGAUUUAUGUUUGAUAGGACAGCACUGCCUGAAAGUAGGCUUGGAGUACGGCAAGGUCGUUAGUCGUCAGAAUUUUUUGUUUGCCGACCAUAAACACAACACAAGUAUUAAGCCCUGAUAGUCAUGGUUUAUUAUGAUUUAUGAUGUGCAUUGUAUUUUACGAUGCAUGACAGAAACGUUUGGCUUGCUGUUAUAUAUAUGCUUGGCUGAGUAUGUACCACGCGUUCCAGUAAAGCAGGCAAACAUUCAUAAAGUCAGUGCAGCAGUGAAAAGCAUUAUAUAUGCGAUAGGAAUUGUAUGAACACUCUUACACGAGCUCCAAAACGCGUACGACAAACCAUUUGGCACUAAUAUUAUUUCAAGGGAAUUGCGACCAGUCAGUAAUAAAUUUACGACUUCAUACUUACUUUCUUGUUGACCAUUUUGUCACAAAUCAUGUUUAUUGCGGCUGCACCAAAUUUAGAAAUAUUUCACAACUUCACUAGAGGAUGUAGUGGGGAUAUAUUUUCUUGAACUCAGCAGCGAGUCUAAAUGCCUCUACGUUUUACUUUUUAACAUCGAAAUGUUUAGAUUGUCGUAUGAAAAUUCUUUCGUUUUUUUGGUUUACUAUCAACUUACAUAUUACAGCGCGGGGAUACAACAUCCUUAACUGAAUGUUCACAUUGGGUCACCGGUGAAGGCGAUUUAAUGAAAUGUGUCGCAUUUUAAAGACCAAGUUAAAUUAUUGCAACUGUUGAAUGUAGACAGUUUGUUUUGACUAGCAUUCGUAGAUUGCAAUGAGUAUCAGUAGAUAUAAAAUAUAUAUUUAAGCACUUGGCUUAUGACUCAUAUCUGGGCACCAACAACGGAUAUCGCAAGUCCUUAAAUGACUUUUUUUAUAGCGUCAAACAUUUACAAAUAUAGUUUGUAUACAGCCUACUUGAAAUUCAUACUUUGUUUAGGGAAAUUUCUAAGAAGCCUAAAUCACAAACUGCUCGCAUAAUUUAGAAUGAUGCAUGCACAUAUCUUCCUUUCUUGUUUUAGGUCUCCUAAUAGAUGCAAGUUAUGUAAUUAUGAUGUCUGCUGUUAUAACAGUUGCGAAAAAGCAAGCAAUGCUGUUCCUUUUCUAUCACUUACUAACUUCAGGUUGGCUGUCAAUUUUUCUAAAUCAAGUGAAUGUUUAGGGAUAAAAAAUGGGCUCCAAGGGUGAAUUUAUUUAUCAUUUGUCGUCUUUUAAGUGCAACAAAAUUGAUUCAGAUUAGUUCAGCGGCUGCCAAAUGAUGGAAAUCCGGCAGUUCACGUGUGUAUUUCAAUAGGGAGUGUUUGAUGUCGUUCGUUCUUCUAAAUCUGAAUAUCUGGGCCGACGAGACGGUUGCAUCUUUCAUAUAAGCAUCUGCUUGAAUCGACGUCAUAGUUACGUGUGCCGCUUUGUGCUAUUCACUGUUUUAGAUGAAAAGUGUAAUAUAUAAAAUGGAUGCACUAAAUCUGUCGUGUGUGCCACUGACAGGGACGACCGAAAUAUGCCCCUGUAGAAGAGGUAUUUUGUUGUUAUUUUAACUCUCUUCUCUCCCCUUAUGUUGAGAAUGAAUGUGAUGUACAACGAAGUCUUCUGUUUUACUUACUUUUCCUUUUGUACAGACUGUUACUAAGUUAUUUGUCACAGGCACAUUAUCUCGGAGCGUGCACUAAAGGGCGCGCACAUCCCACUAUGUUGCAGCACAGUUUUUGGUUUCGGAUCCCCACUUGCUGUUCGCUGUGCUGUUUAUUUUUGGAGAGCACGCAACCAAAUGAUAGUAGUGCACCCGCGAGUUGACGUUGUGAGAGUUUAUUAAAAAAAUUAUGGAACGCUAAA